GCUUGAACUAUGCUCAUAUACUUAAUUUUGUUGGCUCUUCUUAGUGCAUUGCCAGAGCAUGCGAUGGAAGAAGAUUAUGCCAAAUUAUUUGUAGACUUCACCAUUCGGCAAGAGAGUUGCCUGUUCCGACCCGUUUAUGGCCGAUGCAAGAAAUUCCUAAAGGCAUACGGCUACGAUUUUGAGAACAAUAUCUGUGUGGAAUUUGUCUACAGCGGCUGCGGAGGCAAUACCAAUCGCUUCAGCUCUGCGGAUGAGUGUAAGAAAUUAUGCCUUGUGAACAGAAAGAACGAAAUCAAAAAUGUCAGAGACAAAGACCCAUAUCCGAGUCCAGACUUCGUACCGGUAUGGCCGUAA